AUGUCGCGACGGAAUCUAAUAUGCGAGCUGGAAAAUCUUGGUGUACAUCCUGCCAUAGUGAGGUGGAUAAAAGCUUUUCUUAGCAAUCGUGAACAGUGUGUGCGAAUUGAAAACUCAUACUCGUCGUGGAAGAAAACAAACGGUGGUCUACCACAAGGAACAAAACUAGGACCGCUACUUUUUGCAGUCCUUGUAAAUUCUUUGCUCAAGGAUUGGCCUGGGAGAGUCAAAUUUGUCGAUGAUACUACGGUCUUAAUUGGAAAUAAUUCCACGAUGUUCACCCAGCUUCCUACCAAUUAUCGUGGACCAAAUAUCCGAUUAUGCAAACGAACGAGGAAUGAGACUAAAUCCAAAGAAAAGCAAAGAUAUAGUUAUUACGUUUCUUAA